AUGUAUCCCGAGGUAUCUCCAAGCACCAUAGUGCACACGUCGCUGCUUUUCAACUCGAAGAGCAAGACAUUCGAUAAGAACACUUCAAUAACCAUCGAUCUGAAGAGUGGCCUUAUCGUCGACGUUUUCAAACGAAAUGGUGACUGUGAUAUCAAUGUGAAACGGGGUGACAUCGACCUUCGCGGGAAGGUCGUUAUGCCAGGAUUCGUCGAUGCUCAUACGCACGUCUUCUUGCAUUCCUACGAUGAAGCUUCUUCCACCGUGCAGGAACGCGAUGAGAGCAUCGUGGAGCGGAUAGUUCGCGCUACCAACCAUCUUCGCGCCGCCCUGCUCUCUGGAUACACUACCUACAGAGAUUUGGGUACAGAGGGGAUGUGCUCAUUCGACGCGAACUUGAGGGAUUGCGUCAAUCGCGGGCUGUUGCCCGGUCCUCGCUUGUUCGUAGCCACGGAGUGUCUUGCGAGCACCGGCUCCUACGAGGUUCGUCACGAAAACUCAUUGGCGGUCAUGCCACGCAUUGCAGACGUUUGUGAUGGCCCAGACGGCGUCAGAAGGGGAGUCCGACGCCGCGUAGGCGACGGCGCUGAUGUCAUCAAAUUCUACGCCGACUACCGACGGAAAGUCAUGCGGUUCCCGCCUCCCAUUGUGCCAUCUCGUGAUGUAGUUCUGUUUCCGCCCCCGGAUCCUAACCCAGCCGCAGUGAUGUUUAGCCAGGAGGAAAUGAAUGUUAUUGUACAGGAAGCCAAAUUGGCUGAUUUGCCCGUGGCCUGUCAUGCGAUGACGACAAAGGGCGCUCUCAUGGCUAUCAAAGCCGGGGUAGACACCAUCGAGCAUUGUAACGAAGGGUCUGACGAAGUUCUCCGCGAAAUGCGACGGCAAGGGACCAUUUUCGUGCCGACGUUGGCAGUGAUGCGGCCCUCGCCUGACUUUGACAACAUCCUCAAGAGAGUCAAGAAAGCGCACAAUCUUGGAGUGCGUCUAGCUGCUGGUGGCGAUACCGGUGCAUUUCCUCACGGAGAGGGUGCUUUGGAGUUGGAGCUUAUGAUCCGGGCCGGGGUGCCUGUUGUGGACGUCCUUGAAGCAUGUAUGGUCGGCGGCUGGGAGAGCUGCGGCAAGGAGAAGAGUGGCUUUCUCUUUGGUUCCGUUGAGAAAGGCUACAGAGCGGACAUCAUCGCUCUGGAGACUGACCCCCGAGAUGAUGCGGGAGCUCUGCGAAAGGUCGACUUUGUGAUGAAGGACGGGAAAGUGUGGAAGAAAGACGGGUGUGCAGUCGGCUUCGUCGAGGACCCGGCAGGUAAACCAUCCGUCAACACUACUGAUGAUUCGGACUGGGUUAUCGUUUGA